GUCAUUUAGGGGUUUGGUUCUGAGGAAGUAAGAGACACGAGGAUUGAGUCUAUUUCACGUAGAAAGCUACAGCUCUUCACCAGUACUCUUGUUUCCUCCUCCCCCGUAGGGGAGGACAAUUUGGGAAUUACCUUGACAGUCAUUUACUCCCCCUUCCCCCCCUCAGAAAUCUCUCUUGGUCCCUAAGGCAUCCGCUAGACAUUGUCCAGGAGAACGUUAUCAUCAUCAUCACCAUCACCAUCACCAUCCCUUGCUUGCUUUGGGCGCCUCAGUGGUACCUUCCCAUCCUUUGGAGUACAAGUGCAGGGAGGCAUCCAGGAGGCUUCCUCGCCGUCCUUUUUGGCUAGUGGGGGAUCCAGGAGCAGGGGUGCCCAGCUGGAGAGACGCGACGGGGAGCCAGAACUGGAGCAGCACUUGGCACGCCGGAGGGAGCGCCCAUCUUUGUGGCAUCCCUUUUUUUUUUUUUUUUUUUUUUGUCUUUUCAUUCCGUCUUCCACUCCUUCCUCCCCAAAUCCCUGAAGUUCCAUUGAACGGAAACCUUGAAGAUUGCAAGACAAGUCCAAGAUGUGCAGUUCAGUUGCUCCCAGGCUGUGGUUCUUAACAGACCGGCGCAUCAGAGAAGAUUACCCUCAGCAGGAGAUCCUGAGAGCGCUGAAGGCCAAGUGCUGUGAAGAGGAGCUGGAUUUCCGGGCCUUGGUGAUGGAUGAAGUAGUGCUGACCAUUGAGGAUGGAAAUCUUGGUCUCCGGGUGAAUGGGGAGCUCAUUACUGCUUACCCGCAAGUGGUGGUUGUGCGUGUACCAACACCUUGGGUCCAGAGUGACAGUGAUAUCACAGUCCUUCGCCACCUAGAGAAGAUGGGCUGUCGAUUGAUGAAUCGUCCCCAAGCCAUCCUCAACUGUGUCAACAAGUUCUGGACGUUUCAAGAACUUGCUGGUCAUGGUGUGCCUCUUCCAGACACUUUUUCAUAUGGUGGUCAUGAGAAUUUUGCCAAAAUGAUUGAUGAGGCGGAAGUGCUGGAGUUCCCUAUGGUGGUGAAGAACACGCGGGGUCACCGAGGUAAAGCUGUGUUCCUGGCACGAGACAAGCACCAUUUGGCAGACCUAAGCCAUUUGAUCCGUCAUGAUGCCCCUUACUUAUUUCAAAAAUACGUUAAAGAGUCCCAUGGCAAGGAUGUCCGUGUCAUCGUAGUAGGAGGCCGUGUGGUGGGCACCAUGCUCCGCUGCUCGACAGAUGGGAGGAUGCAGAGUAACUGCUCGCUUGGUGGUGUAGGGAUGAUGUGCUCACUGAGUGAACAAGGCAAGCAGUUGGCCGUCCAGGUGUCAAACAUCCUGGGGAUGGACGUGUGCGGCAUUGACCUGCUGAUGAAGGACGACGGUUCGUUCUACGUCUGCGAGGCCAACGCAAAUGUAGGUUUCAUUGCCUUUGACAAGGCUUGUAAUCUAGAUGUAGCUGGUAUCAUAGCGGACUAUGCCGCUUCUCUCCUUACCCCCGGUCGCUUGACGCGGCGCAUGUCCUUGCUCUCUGUGGUGUCCACGGCCAGCGAGACUAGCGAGCCAGAGCUGGGCCCUCCAGCUAGUGCCGCUGUCGACAAUAUGAGUGCUAGCUCCAGCUCUGUCGACAGCGACCCUGAGACCACCGAGAGAGAGUUGCUCACCAAGCUCCCGGGGGCUCUAUUCAACAUGAACCAGCUAUUAGCCAAUGAGAUCAAACUUCUUGUGGAGUGAUGCCACCUGUAAAUAGAUGACCAACAGAACUCUCUCUUGUACAUUUUUUUCUUU